AUGAACGAACUGAACUGCAGACUGGGCCAAAAGCACGGGGCCAAUGGCACAUGGCAGCUUCGGAAAAGCCGAAGUCGUGUUUUGACUGCUCCAUUGCCAUUCGUUCCGCAGCCGCCUGGCAUUGCCAGCUAUUGCAUCCUGUCGCUUCAGUUGCGUGGCAGUAGCCGCUUUGUAAACAUUUAUCGUCGUUCACCCACCGCGUCGUCCUUGUUGUCGCCUCCUCCGUGUUUGUGCUACGAGUUUUCGUCAUCGGCGUCAUCGUUUUCCUCUCGGUCCAGAUCCUGCAUCCACUUGUUUUGGCCAUUCCAUACCGACGAGUCGGGUGUUGAUACAUUUUUGGCCCGUAACUUUGACGAGCGUCAAAGAGAAUUAAAGCCCAGCUCCUACCCGCGAACCCAACGCCCCGUUUACCCACAGUGUUUUGUGAUUCCAGUGAAAGUUGUGCUUGAAAAAUUCGACAACAUCUUGCUGAUGGAAAGCAAAACGUCUGCAAAAAAUAUUAUCAAAAGUAAUAAAUGAAUAACAAAAUACAAA